UGUUUACUAUGCUGGUUUAGCUUAUACUUCUCCGACUGUAGCAACUGCCUUGAGCAAUGUUAUCCCUAGUUUGACGUUUCUUGUGGCAGUUUUUCUCAGCAAUUGCUUUCUUCUGUUUUAAUUUCAGGAUGGAGAAGCUGAAGAUUAAAAGUGCAAGUGGCGGAGCAAAGGUAUUGGGUACCCUUAUCUGCAUUGGUGGCUCACUUAUUUUUACCUUCUGGAGAGGAGGGUUCCAAUUGAAAGGCGUUGUAGACAGGCCCUUGAUAAACAUCUACGGCACAAAUGGUUCUCAUAGUGAGGGUAGGCAAGGUAAGGAAAGUUGGAUCAAAGGCUCUGCUCUUAUUCUUGUCAGUUACAUUGCUUGGAGUGGAUGGCUAAUUCUCCAGGCUAAAGUAUCCAAAGUCUAUCCAGCUCAACUAUCACUGAAUGUUUUAAUUUGCUUCAUUGCAUCGUUGCAAUCUUCUGUUCUUGCCCUGUUCUUUGCAAGAAACCCUCUUUUGUGGAAGCUGGAGUGGAAUGUGCAGCUUUUGACCAUCAUCUACUGUGGAGUAGUACUCUCAGCAUUAGUCUACUACCUACAAACAUGGUGUAUCAGUAAUAAGGGACCAGUUUUCGCGGCGAUGUUCAAUCCACUGCUUGUCGUUAUUGUAGCAAUAUUCUGUGCAAUUGUUUUCGCAGAGCGACUUCACUUAGGCAGCUUGGCGGGAGCAUUUCUCAUUAUUUUGGGCCUUUACUUUGUACUUUGGAGCAAAAGGAGAGACGGUUUUGUCUCUGGACAUAUGAAGGAUGGAAAUGAUGAAAAGAUACUGCUACUCAUUUAUUCCAGCUUAAAUGCUAUACAUACUUGCUUGGAGAUUGGAACGCAGGAUAAGCUCUGAAGGCAUCUUCACAGACGUGAAAGCUCAUAUCCAUCUAUGAAGAAUUGAUAAUGCCGAUUCACUAUACAUGUUUGUUUAUGUAUUUUCUUGUAUUUUCUUCAAUGUGGGGAUUGUGUAAGCUUAGUUAAUAUGUAUCACAGAAGGUAAAUUCAUCUUUGCUGCCAUGAUAUCAUUGAAGGCUGUUCUCGCUGUCAAUCACAAACCGGUACUUAACAUCCCUCUUCAUUAGCUUCUCAAGAGCUUCGUUUACAUACUGAAUUGGAAAUUAACCCUAUCUGUGCCUAAAUUAUAUGGGCAUCACAAAAGUCUCUCAAUUCUUGGGUUACUUUUGUACCAUCUGUUAUGGUUCCUAAAACUGUUCUCAUACCUAACAAAAUAUCAUUUUAAGUGCUUGCUGACAUUGACAAAGUUAGAACACCUAUUGCAAUAAAAACAAAGUUGAAGUACCCAGGUUAAGACUUGCAGGACUGAAUUUGACUUCCCUAGGGAAUGCAUCAAGGACAUAAACACCAGCAAUUAUUUGGAGUAACAUGUAGGAUGUAGGUGUUACGGACCAAGAUUCAAUCUGAACCGUGGCAUCCUCCCUCACUCCAACAAAGGCCCAUCAUCUUCAGUGGCACAUUGCUAAUACCUUUUAGAGAUAAUUUUGAUACCACUUAUCACGGACUGAGACUCAACCUCCAAGUUCGUGCAGCUCCAAAAUCCGAGCAUAGACUCAUCUGUCAUCUCAGAUCAGUCUAAAUAUCACGGUUCAUACCUCACAAUGAAAGAAAUGUGUAAACCUUUAUAUCUCAAAAUCAACUCUUAUAUAAAUCCGAUGUGAGAUUCAUGGCUCUUCCCUAGACCAUGACAUAGGGAUCAAAUGGAUGAUCACCAGGUUCAAUGUCAACUACGAAGACUAAUGAUUUUUCUAAACCCUGUGGCCUGUAACCAAGAAAUCAGCUCAAGGUCAAAGAUGAUAAAUAAUUAGAAAAACGAGCUUCUUAGAAGUUAUACUCUUUACCAUCAUUUGCACUUGGUCAGAGUAGACAACAAAAUAUGUUUGUGCUAAAAACUGUUACAUGCAACCCGAAAGCCUUACCAAACUUCACUGCCAUGUGACCAAGAUCAACAAUUCCUAUCUCUUCUAAAGAUUUGCCAGGUUUAUCCAUGCUAUGGCGCACCAUUGGUGCAUAAACAGUGAUUCCAUCACAAAGAAAAGGUGCUGCUGAAGCCGAAGGAUAGUCCAGGGGUAUUCUGAAGCAGUACCUGUUGACUCAAUGCAAAAACUGAUAUCUUCAUCUGUAGUAUUGUUGGAUAAAGCCUUUGGAACAUUGAAGAACAAGUAAACACAAUUAAAGCAAAGGAUAACUAACUCUAGGAAGGGAAGGGACGGAUCAAACUGUUUCAAAUGUUCAAAACUUGUGUUUGUUUCAUGCUAUAUUUAAAAAAGCAGUUAGAUUGCAAAGAGAGUCCCCGGUUAAAUUGACUUUAAGCUUCAAAUCUCCCAUCAUCUUACAAAUGUGAAAGGCACAGAAGCACAACUUCACCACAUCCUGUUGUUAUUUUUGAAGCAAAGAAAACUUUACUCAUUGUUACUUUUCUUAACAUCAGAAACAUUACAAUUUAAAGCCUA